GGAAAACACACUCCUCAUUGUGGUUUUGACUGUGGUCAACGCGCGGUUUAGAAUAGGACCGGUCUGGAAGAUCAGCCUUCAGCAGUGAGCGAGGACUGUACUCCUCAUCUCUGUUUCUGGAGCUUCUCCAAGCGUUAGACUUUAGACCUAAUAAUGGAAUCUUUCACCUCGUCGGCGGCAAUAGCCCAGAAAACCUGGGAGAUAGAGAACAACGUCGAGACAAUGGAGUUGCCUCCAAUGUCGGCCGACUCCUCCGCAUCGGCGUCGUCGGACGCCAUAUUUUACUACGACGACCCUGCACAGACCAAGUUCCAACAGGAGAAGCCAUGGACCAACGAUCCACACUACUUCAAGCGCGUCAAGGUCUCCGCACUCGCCCUCCUCAAGAUGGUCGUACACGCGCGCUCCGGUGGCACCAUCGAGGUUAUGGGCCUUAUGCAGGGUAAAACCGACGGCGACGCCAUAAUUGUCAUGGAUGCUUUUGCUCUCCCGGUCGAAGGCACAGAGACUAGGGUUAAUGCCCAGGCCGAUGCCUAUGAGUACAUGGUCGACUAUUCCCAAACCAAUAAACAGGCUGGUCGAUUGGAGAAUGUUGUUGGCUGGUAUCAUUCCCAUCCUGGUUAUGGAUGCUGGCUGUCUGGUAUUGAUGUUUCUACGCAAAUGCUAAACCAGCAAUUUCAGGAACCCUUUCUGGCAGUAGUUAUCGAUCCAACAAGAACAGUCUCUGCUGGGAAAGUUGAGAUUGGUGCGUUCAGAACAUACCCAGAGGGAUAUAAGCCGCCAGAUGAACCAGUCUCUGAGUAUCAGACUAUCCCCUUGAACAAAAUUGAAGAUUUUGGAGUGCACUGCAAACAGUAUUACUCUUUGGACAUCACAUACUUCAAAUCCUCUUUGGACUCUCAUCUUUUGGAUCUUCUGUGGAAUAAGUAUUGGGUGAACACACUUUCCUCAUCUCCUUUACUUGGUAAUGGAGACUAUGUUGCAGGACAGAUUUCAGAUCUAGCUGAAAAGUUAGAACAAGCUGAGAACCAACUAUCCCAUUCGAGAUUUGGACCACUAAUGGCUCCUUCACAAAGGAAAAGAGAGGAGGAAUCGCAACUUGCUAAGAUUACUUGUGAUAGUUCGAAGAUAACAGUUGAGCAGGUUCAUGGACUUAUGUCACAGGUAUCCAUACAUUUGUAUUUUGUUGUUGCUUAUCUCCGGACUCUCUCUGUAUCUUUAUUACCUAGCCACCCUUGCAUUUGACAUCUACAAUGAGUUCAUCGGAUGCACCUUGACAAAGUUGCCAUUGUACGUUUUUAGGUUAUCAAGGACAUCCUUUUCAACACCGUACGUCAAUCUAACGGAUCUAGGACAGAGCCCUCUGGUCCGGAACCUAUGGUUGAGGCGUGAACUUUAUAUAAUCUCCCUCUCUCUUGUUCAUUGGAAGCUUUAGGUUUGUCGGUGGUCUCUGAUAUACUAGUUUGAUUAGCAAAAGAACAGAUACAAAACUGUAAUCUAAUGGCUUUUGACUGCUGAACUCGUCUCAAUGUGCUUUUGAAUGCGAGUAGAUUUUGCCUUGAUUCACAUGCCUUGUUCUAUACUUUAAAACUUUAAACUCGUGGUCUUGAUCUGGUGGAGUAAUUACACCACCUCCGUAAAUUGAACAUAGCGGAAACAUGUAAUGCUUCUUCCAUACAGAAUCUGGCCAGUAGGCUUUUUACAAUUUUUUUG